ACGUCAUAUCACUGAGACGCGUGUGGCUGAGGACAUGACUUGUUGAGUAACCGGCGUGUGUUUGAUCAGACGUCCCAUGGUUGAACCGAGGCUACGAUCUGCACAAUGUUGGCUCGUACACGCAGCCUGACCAGCAGUGUGACCUCUGCUCUGCGGCUCCUGCGCAGUAAUCAAGUUGUUGUGUCUGCACAUGUGACGCGGAGAUGUCUCUGCACACAGACAGACGGAGAGAUCCGCAUCGUGGAAAUCCUGAAGGAGAAGUUCCCCUUGGCCUCGUCGCUCAAAGUUGUGGAUAUAUCAGGUGGUUGCGGGGCCAUGUAUGAGAUCCAUAUAGAGUCCAGCGAGUUCAAAGGAAAAAGGACCAUUCAGCAGCACCAGUUAGUCAAUCAGGCGCUCAAGGAGGAGAUUCAAGGAAUGCAUGGACUGCGAAUAUUCACUGAUGUUCCAAAACAGUAGAGAACGUCUCUGCAGGGCUGACCCACAAACUUUUCCUUUGCUCACCCUAUCUAUUAUGAAUGUACAGUUUUAAAGAGGAUAUUGUGUAGCAACGGUGUAAAAUGUGUAAGAAAUGUAAGAUUACAUUAAGUUUUCUUUGUUGAAGUAGUGAGAUAUCUUCCACUCUGAGGUGAUGUAUAAAACUUGUGAAGGCUACAAUACGCACAAAAUGAAUACCUUGUAAAUAAAUCAAGGUAACCUACAUGUCAAGUCAUGUUGGUCUUUUCCCAAUUUGGGGUCUUCUCAGGGUUGAUAAUGAUGCUGGUGUGAUGAUAAGCAGUUGAAAAAAGUAGUAAAUGCAACCAUCUUGAAUAGUGGAGCAUUAUUUUGCUGACAUUGUGAUCACACUUGUUACCGUGCCAUGAAAGUUGAUUGAUUUUACAUGAAUUACUUGCCAUUGGAUUGUACAUGGAGCUUGAAUUAAUACUACUUAAUGCAUGUUGCAAUAAAAAGCUUUCUCCCUCA